AUGAAGAUUAGCCUCAUCUGGUCCUUGAGCUUGUUCUUGACUGCGCAUGCUGCAGUUAUUCCACGAGCUGCCGAGUCCGCGACGUCCAUCGAAGCAGGUGUCCGUGCUGCUGAAUUCGGAGCUGGUGGUAUUCAUGAAAGAGCUGCUUUGUCACAUGGAGAGGGUGAUUCUAAGGUGGAUAAUAAGGAGGACAAUACUGUUGUUGGGGAAGGGUGGUAG